GCUCCUAUAAGUGGCCCCGCUCCGGAGGGACCGCAUCAGUUCCUCCUCCUCUUCUUCUUCUUCUCGUUCCCCGCACCGGCACACAUGGGUUCGGUUCUGCCCGCGGAGGCUCUCGCGCUCAAGGCCCGGUCCCGGUUCCGGUCUCAGCUGUGUGACAUCAUCACCUCUGAUAUCCUGCACAGUUUUCUGUACGGGCGAUGGAGGAACGCGCUGGGAGAGCACCCGUUCGAGGAGCCGCAGAAGAGCCCGAGGACCGCGUUCACCGCAGAGGUUCUGGCGCAGUCCUUCACUGGAGAGGUGCAGAAGCUGUCCAGUCUGGUUCUGCCCAGCGAGGUGGUCAUCGCCCAGAGCUCGGUCCCGGGGGAAGGCCUGGGGAUUUUCUCCAAGACCUGGAUCAAGGCCGGCACUGAGAUGGGCCCGUUCACUGGGAGCCUGGUGUCCCCGGAGCACGUGGACUUGAGGAAGAACAACAACCUCAUGUGGGAGGUGUUUAACGAGGACGGGAGCGUGCGCUGCUUCAUCGACGCGAGUCAGGAGGAUCAGCGCUCCUGGAUGACGUACAUCAGAUGUGCUCGAAACCAGCAGGAGCAAAACCUGGAGGUGCUUCAGAUCGGCAGCAGCAUCUUCUACAGGAGCCUGGAGACGAUUCCUCCAGACCAGGAGCUGCUCGUGUGGUACGGGAACUCACACAACACUUUCCUCGGGAUUCCUGGAGUCCCCGGAACAGAGGAGGAACUGCAGAAGAAGAGAAACGAAGACGCACACGUAUGUGAUCCUGCAUCUUCCUCCUUGCCCUCCUCUUCCUCUUCGUCAACUGCGAGUCGCAUGCGUUGCGUCAUCUGUCACCGCGGCUUCAACUCGCGCAGCAACUUGCGCUCGCACAUGCGCAUUCACACCCUGGACAAACCCUUCGUCUGCCGCUUCUGCAACCGGCGCUUCAGCCAAUCAUCGACGCUCCGUAAUCACGUGCGCCUCCACACGGGCGAGCGCCCAUACAAGUGUCACGUGUGCCAGAGCGCGUACUCGCAGCUGGCCGGGCUUCGCGCGCAUCAGAAGAGCGCGAGACACCGACCAAACGGCGGGAACUCUGAGGCCGGACAUCCACAGUCUCCUCCGGCGCAAAUACCAACAGUUUCCCAUCAUUCACUUCUCCAUCACAUCCCUACAAUGGUGCUCUGAGAGACAAACACAAAAGAGUCCGAUUAAAUGCACUUUAAAAUUCCCGUCUCUCUCUUGAAGUGACUUAAACUGCAGUUCAUCGACUGGCCACUAGAGACCGGCUGCAGAAGAGAGUAAAAAUGCCCAACUUUACAGCAGAAUAAAACAUGUUUACACUCUGGUGCGAAAAGUGGUUUUGGUCUAUAUAGUAAAUUUUACCCUUCAUGAAAAUGUGAGGGGGUGAAUUUUUUAUAACUCAUCCGUUUAAAUUAUAUUAAGCCUUAAAGUACUGCAUAAUUAAGGGCGUGGCCACUUGAGUGACAGGUUGAUUGCAGCUGAUCACUACUAGCCGUUAGCGUCAGGUCACUAUCCAUUUUCGUUUAUCCGGGAGUGACGCGCUGCCAAAGAUGGCUAUGGCUUUAACCUUGACGCAACAUCCUCUACAGCUCCAGUUCCGCAAACAAUCGCUAACACACAUUUCUCAAUACUUGGGUCACUUAUUCAGAACAUUUCACUAUAUAUAUACAGAAGUCUGGAGCAUUUAUUAUUAUUCUCACUGCCAAAACUCUAGAAAAUGGCUCUUGACUCAUAUGUAUAUAUGGCUAUAAAGAAUUUUGUGUAUUGAUCCCUUUUAUUGCCAAUGUAUGAACAGCUUGUAACGAAAUUUGAACAACUCGACUGAUUUUUAUGUGAAGGACUUGGGAAUGUUUUUGGCAGGAAAAUCACAGAUGUGUGAAGAAACUCUCAGUAGUGGACGGGAUGUUCGUUGAUAGUAAAUUGCUGCUAAACAUAUUUCCUUUUUUUUUUUUUUACCCCUAAUCGAAGAACGGAAAAACUGCUGCAGUUCACAUAACGGCCACCGGUAUCGCUAUAACAACGGUUUCUGAAUUCUACAUCCAGCCUCUUUAAAGUCCCUUUAUGCCAAAAAGAUUAAUGUUUAAGAGUGAUAAGGUAUGUUUACGAGGUGUUUUAAUUCAUGAGUUUUUAUUACAGUUACAAAUGAAUUAAAAAAAAAACUAAUUAAACCUAAAUUCAGUAAAUAAUACCAUGAUGGGAACGAGUUAUGAAACCCUUAAAAGUUCUAUAUAUUAUAAGCAAGAGUGUAAACAUUCUUAAAUCAAGACACAUUUACUGGAGAAGCAAAAUGAUAUCAGAUAUUUGGUUUUAAAAUGUAUCAAAAUUAGGAGACUUCAUGAUUACAGUAUUUUUAUUGUUAAACGGCAGUGAGCAUUGCAAUUUCAGCUGAAAGGCUAAGCAGUUGUCUUGUUUAUUUUGCAAUUUAGUUGCAAUUAUUUGUUCAAAUUACAGUGUGUACUUUCAGUUUCUACCUUUUUUUUUCAAGGAAAACUGCUCAUUUUCAUUUACCUUAAAGAAUUGUUAUGUUCUAAAAAUGUAAAUAAAUCAUGUGAAAGAAUGUCACUCUUUUCUUUAAAGAAAAUAUUACUUUGCAUGAAGUCACUGAAAUUGUUCAAACUGUAAAGAUGACAAGUUUUUAUUUCUGUAUUGGUGUUUGUUAAGAGUGUGUGUUAAGAGUUGUGUGUUGCUUACAGUAAGUGAGUAGUGCAGGUGAUGUGAAGUGUGUAUCUCAGGUGACGGCUGCUGUACAGACUGGUUAGAGUAUAGCACAUGGAGCUCCAGUUGUGUCAUUGUCGUUUAGCAAUCCAAAAAACUGUAAUUUGUUUUUAUUAAAUGAAGAAAUAAUGAGUGUGUGUGUGUAUACAGUAUGAUUA